ACGAAUGUCUGUAGGAUGAGAGAAGAGAUUAUACACGAGAUGUGGCGUCGGCUAUUACAAUGUAAGACCGAUGCAGCAGUAAUAAGGGAUGAGUCUUUGAUUCCUGUAUUGCACCGUAGAAUUUCUACUACAGUGAACCUUUUAUUUAAUGGCUCCCUACAAAGAUCUUCAACAGUGAAAGUUAGCAGUGAAGAAGAUGCACAAAAAGAGCAAAAUGAUGAUAAAAAAUAUUCCUCAGAAUCUCCAAAACAGCUUCUUGAAAACUCAUCUGUCAAUACAGAUACAGUACCCCCUGGGCCAGAUGAUAUAUGGAGUGAUGGGCCUUACCCAACGAAGAGCAACUAUAGACAAAGCCAAGCGAAGUUUUCAGUUCGUCCGAACAUUGACCCAAAAGAGACCAGUAUAAUACUGUUUCCAGGACAGGGUACUCAGUAUGUUGGCAUGGGCAAAGAAAUGUUGGAAUACCCCAAUGUUCGAAGUAUAUAUGAAGCUGCUUCUCAGAUAUUGGGUUAUGACCUGUUAAGAUUAAGUUUAGAGGGACCAGCAGAUAAACUCAGUAAAACAGAAUAUCAGCAGCCAGCAGUUGUGGUUGCAUCAUUAGCUGCUGUUGAAAAGCUGAGAGAAGAGAGACCACAUGUGCUGGAGUCAUGCAUUGGUGUAGCAGGUUACAGUGUUGGAGAGAUCACUGCAUUGACAUUUGCAGGUUCCUUGUCCUUUGAAGACGCCAUAAAGUUGGUGAAAGUGCGAGCUGAAGCCAUGCAGUAUGCUUCGGAAAUUGUACCGAGUGGAAUGAUGACAGUAUUAUACGGACCUGAUUCAAGACUAGAAUUUGCAUGUUCCGUUGCCAAAGAGUUUUGUCAGAGAAAAGGAAUACCUGAAGUAGAUUGUCGGAUUGCAAGUUAUUUAUAUCCUCAUUGUAAAGUUAUUGCUGGUAACGAUGAGGCUUUGUCAUUUAUUCAAGACAAUAAAGAUGACUUUCGUUUGAAGCGACUUAAAAGAUUGCCUGUGUCAGGAGCAUUCCACACAAACCUCAUGAAACCUGCAGCAAUCCUUGUCAGAAAGAUGGAAAAAGAUUGCAUGGUGGAGAGCAAGUCCUGUAUGGAGACGUAGUUAAGGCCCACACCACAGGAGAAGGAGAAGCUGCAAUUCCAGGAGGUCCCCAUUACGAAGAGAUGACAAGGACUCUGAAUCCACCGAACUUGCCAUCUUUGACGAGGCUGCGUCCCUUCUAACCAGGAGAAGGUUGGGCCACAAAUUAGCACUGAGGUGGCCCGGGUAAUAGAUGGCCUUAGCCCCAGACUACAGCAACCUGUUAAAGGAGGGCAAGCUAAUGGAACCCCCAUCAGAGCAACACGACACUAUCCUGACCACUGCAGUAGACCACAAGUCCAGCUACAACACAGUCUGAAAGGCAGAAGAAGCAGUAAACUCUAGGAGUAGAAGCCUCUUGAGAAGUCAGUGAAGGGCCCUCAGCCCUUACCUGACCCAGGGUCAAACCAGGCUUUAAACAGAUCAUGUCCAAAUUAAUGUGUCAUGGCAUCAGUUGAACUACAUUAGUUGAAUAGCAGAGGUGGGGAGAUGCAUAGAUGACCUAUGAGAGUGCAGGGAGCCAUCACAACCCGAGACCAAAGCAUUAACAUGCUGCAAAAUUUAUUGCAUCCUGUCUCGGACCAAGCAAGGCCUCUAUGCCCGUAGGGGUCAUAGAAGACUGUCUGUGUCCUCCCCUCAAGAUUAUUGAACUCACGAACUAGAUAAUAACCUCCAAAAAAGACUUAAACUCUAGACUCCCCGUCCUUUGGCUCUGGGAAUGGAGAGUGAUGACGUAAAGUAGAGGGUGAGAAGGAUCCUCAUCCUUCCCUAAGGCCAAUGGAGAAGCUACCCUUGGAAGCUGGAUGUCACACCUUCCAUCGACAGGGCUAAAACCCCCGAACAAUGGAAGAUCCCGUGAAAGAGGGCUCAGGCACACGGUCAAGCGAUGAAUCACAUACACGGCCAUGAGUCGAACCAUGUACACGAUCGUGCAAUGAACCACGUACACUGCCGUGUGACAAAGCAUGUACACAGUUGAGAGAUGAAGAACGAUGCAUGAGAGAACAUUUUGGAGGAGAGUGACCACAAUGAGAAGAAUCAAGGCCCCAAACUCUGGAAGCUGAACAAAGCAAGUGGGAACUCCUUGGAGAACGAGAGCCAGAAAGCGUAGGCUUCUUGAACACUAGAAAGGAUGGCCUCCCCAUCACACACAGGCAAAGAAGGGCCUACUAGGCUGAGAGACUCAUCCAUGGACCCAAACUGCCUCACGACUAUCAUUAUGAACACAUUCGUUGGGAAGCAGAACAUGAGGAGAAGCAGCAGUCUUUUGUAGAGGAGAACUUCUAGAAGGUGCAAGAUCAGCAUCAUGUGUAUCAGGCACCUUCGACCUCUUAAUUGGAGCCUUAUCCUUGUGGUAAACUUGAACAGGCUGAGGAGACGAAGAAUCAGCUUGAAGACUCUGAGGAGAGUGAAGGCCUUCAUGAGCUGGAACAUAUCUACAUGCAUGUAAGGAGGAGGCUGGGAAGACAGGGAAACGCCCCUCUCACUCUCAGAAGACGAAGCAAAUAAGUCCUGAAUCCUCCGUCUGACCUGAGAAUGAGGGGGAGGAGGAGGAAAAGAAAGCAAUGGAGAAGGGGAAGGAGCUCUCCACCUGCAACGCCUCUUGUUAGAAAGUACAGGAUACAUCUUGCCAAAAAUAGUCCAGCUUAUCAGCCAUUACUUGAAGGAGCACUUCUGAUGGGUCUGCAGCCGGCUACAAUGACGUCAACGCAACAGGCAGUGGGAGAGACAACACCACAGCCUAUGUCAUAGGCAAUGAGGAUGCUGGGAGUAACAUCACAGCAUUAGGAAUGGUGGCUCGAAUCAAUUGCCUCACUGGUGGCAAGAUAAGCAGUGAAUCAGGAUGCAUCGUAAUUGUCACUGGCGUCCUGCUAGGCGGCAGCACAUGAGAGCCAAAGUUAUGGAGACCCGGAGGAAGGGGGGACGACAGGAGGACAGCGAACAGACGUGAAAUGCGACAAUAGGCCAUCCAAGGAGUGCUGCCCAAACAGCUGCCAUCUUGUGCGAUUCCAUAUCUGAAACAAAGGAAGUAGAGUUGCCUCUUCUCUCCCAGGAGGGAGAUUACCUCCAAUGAGAGAGGGAGCAACAUUACACACAAAAUCCUGUGCAACUCCUCAUACUUACAAAGACAAAUCAAUGGAAGAAAAGGAAGGAGACAGGGUGUCAAAAGCAGCAGAGGGAAAAAUUCUUGAAGGGGAUGCGGAUUUGUCCACUCGGUGAGGCGAGAAAGCUUCCCAAGAAGGACAAGUAGAUACCUUACAGUGCUCCCUCUUCUCAUAGAAAGCCUUCUGUGACACAGACCAGGAAUGAUAUUCCAGGCAAGGGUUAGUGAUAAUACAAAAAUUGGAAUGGCACCUACUGCAAGUGGUAUGGGAGUCAGUAAUGGAAGAAGCCAAAAACCUUGAGCAUGGAACUCCUGGAAUUCCCAGACACAUGCAUUGAUGGGCAGAUUGACCCACCAAUUAUUCCAGUUUAUUCAAACUUUGAUGGAAAGAGGUACAAGAAUGUUAUUGAAAUCAUAAAGUUGCCAAAACCAAUUAACAUCCCUGUGAAGUGGGAGCAAACCAUGUACAUCAUUUAUGAAUGAAGUAAAGGAGUUGAUUUCUCAAGAAAUCAUUGAUAACUAUAUUGAAGAUGCUUAAUGCAAAAGCUUGUGAAGCUUUAAGAGCAUAGAAGCAUUAGCUUACUCCUGUGAUAUGAAUUGAAAUAUUUUUACUGUAAAUAAACUAAUUGACAAUUUUCUGUGUUGGAUGAUUAGCCAAGAAGUAACAAACCUUAUUCAGUAACUUCAUGUUCAAGAUAAGGCAUGAGAAUGGCUGCAACUCCUCUUGCCAUAACUUUCUUGACAGCAGGGCAAGGUUCAUAUCAAACUCCUCCAGAAUUUGCAUCCCUUCAACCACUUUCUCAUCAUAUCUAAAGGCCUUCUUAUGAAUCACUUUUGAAUAAUUACAUUCUCACCUGUUUAGAUCUCCCAAGCCUUCAGCAUGGCCUUGUGUUAAGAAUUAUCAGUGCUAUUCUUAUUUCUUACUUUAGUGAUUUGAUCUUAAGAGUUUUUCACAAAGUUCCAAGUUAGGGCCAACAUUUGUUCUGCUCUGCCUCUUGAAUUGACCUUCAGUGUGUGUGUUGGAUGUGUCACUUUUCCUUUACAUCACCUUGGCUGCUCUAAGCAGGUCAGUCAUCUCCAUAGCCCUUCAUAGUAGUGUUCCUACUCCAGUUGGCCUCCUGUUUACAAUAGGUUGGUAGCCAUAUACCUGUGGUUUGGUUUAGUUUCCUUCCUUAUUGCUCAUCAUGCACUACCUUCCAAGAGUUAGAAGAAUUCUCUGAAACAAGAGGGUUCUUAAAGUCUUUCUUCGAUGGAUGGAUGCUCUACCCCUUGGUAGAAAAUAUUCCAUCUUGGGUACAUAGGUUAUAGCUUGGACUUGUGUUCUGGUGUCUACAGGGACCGUGGUUUGCUCAUGAUUAGGGCUCUUGACAUAAGUGACUUUCGUCUACACUGGCUGUUUUGUCAGUCUGAGGUCUCUGCCUUCUGUAGGAUGGGCACUGGUCUUUGCAAAAUUGUGCAAGGGUUUUCCUCUUGGAUUUGCUUCAUUGUCCCCCUUAUAGUGGCUAACCAUGUCCUUACCUUGGGUAUCGGGUUACAGUAGUCUCGUCAUUCUUUUUCACAUUCACUCACCAGACAAGAAUUAACUUUUCUUGAAGUCUGACCACUGCUCAUCUUUAUGCACAAAAACAUUUUCUCUCUUGGACCUGCCAUUGCCAACUCAACAUCUGCUCUUCUAAUAUAAACUUUUGCAACUUCUUCCUUCUUUGACUCAUCUGCCUCGUUUGCCCUCCUAAAUAGUGAUUCAGGACCUUUUUUUCUCUUUCUGCCCCUGGAAGUGUUCCAGGAAUGUGUUGGUGUAAAAACUCGUGAAUGUAGUUGAUAUUGGUAGACUUCUUGUCAAAUUUGUUAGAAUUCCUUUUUCCUAUUGUCUCUUAAAAUUAAUCAUUGCCCUUUCAAUUCUUCAUUAUCCAUGUUUUGCCAUUCAUUGCUCUUAGCCAUCGCUAAGGCUUUAGGUAGUUGUGACAUCUUUCUUCUAUUUGAUGUGUAUUAGAAAUGCAGCUAUAUCAUUUAACAGUCCUACUUUCUCAUCAAUGUCUUUGAUGUCGAGUGAAGCCACUAGGUCAUCAUUGUUUCUGUUGCUAGUGAUUCCAUGGUUUGCUAAAUUCUUCAAAGUUUUCUUACCAUUCACUGCAGUUUUCUCAUUGCCUUACUGCAAAUUAUAUACUGUGUGCAUGUAACUAGUGUUCAAUGUAAUUUAAGUUUAAAAAUUUUCUACUAGUAAUUC